UCGAGACCCUUCUUCAGUCCUAAUUGGACCGUUCUCUUCCCAAUGGGAGUAAAUCCAAUCACAGAGAAAGGUAUCAAUUAAGGUACUUGAAAAGUAAGGUUUUUUUUAAUAAUCCUGGACACAAUGUUUCUAUUUCUUUGCUUUUUACCAGAGCCAAUAGGGAAAAAUGAACUGGUUGACAUUCAUCUCCGAUCUUCUUGGAUCAGCAACAAAUUGCACAAGACUCGAGAAAGAUAUUUGGACGGAAUUCAUUUGAGAUUUGGUACUGUCCUUGACGCUACAGUUUCUGCCAAACUGCCCAGCCUGAUUAAAGAUAUCAAAACCAGAUUCACGAGAAGCAUACCAGGAUCGCAGAUCUCAUUUUACGCUCCUUGGAAUUGUAACACCAGUACUACAGUUUGCUCUGACCUUGUCUCAGCUUCCAAAUAUGCCGAUUAUGUACAUGUGACCUCAUUUGACGUGCAGAAGCAUAUGUGGACGGAUUGCUUUGCAAAGGCAGAUGCUCCCUAUCACAAGACCCUGACAGGAAUCUCCAGUUAUAUCAAAAAGGGCGUUAAUUCCAAGAAGAUAAUAUUGACCGUCCCAUGGUUCGGUUAUGAUUAUACUUGCAAUCGCUUUAUUGAGGUAAGAUGUUGCCCAUGUCUAGAUUUACCAGGACGUUGCCAGGACUCGAGGGCCUGA